AUGGUCAAGCGCAUCUUAAACGUUGUCACAAACGUCGGGCACUACGACGACCCGUCCCACCCGACCGGCUUGUGGUUGUCUGAGCUCACGCACGCCUGGCAUGUAUUUGAGGAGCAGGGAUUCGAGCAGACCAUCGUCAGCCCGGCGGGGGGGCUCUGCCCCCUGGAGCCGCGGUCGCUGAAGUUCCCAAACUACGACAAAACCGCGAAAGCGUGGCGAGCCGAUCCGGCACGCAUGGCACUCUUGGAAAACACUGCCAGACCCGACCAGAUCAAUUCGGCUGACUUUGACGCGAUCUACUUCACGGGCGGGCAUGCGGUGAUGUAUGAUUUCCUGGACAACGAGGGCCUACAGCGGAUCACGCGAGAGAUUUACGAACGGGGUGGCAUCGUCUCCUCGGUCUGCCACGGCUACUGUGGCUUGCUCAACACCAAGCGCUCAGACGGUACCUACUUGGUCUCCGGGCACAAGAUGACCGGGUUCUCCUGGCGGGAGGAAGUCCUGGCCUGUGUAGACAAGCUUGUGCCUUACAACGCCGAGGAAGAGCUGAAGAAGCGCGGCACCGACUACAAAAAGGCCAAGCUGCCAUUUGUCUCAUACACCGUGGUCGACGGCAACCUGGUAACUGGGCAGAACCCUGGGUCCGCUACUGAGACCGCGAAAAAGGUCGUGGACGCCCUCAGCCGUUAA